AUUGGCAAGCAGUGAGAUGAACAGAACGGGGCUAAGCGAACAAGCAACAUGGUUGCUAUUGGAUGCGUUAGAAAAAGAUCGCUGUAGCUGAAUUGCUGUGAUUUUGUGAGCUCAUUGGUGUCAUGGUGAAGUCGGUCAUUUCAGAUGCCUGUUGCCUUUACAAAGUGUUAUGACCAGGGAAGAAGGUUACCGAGAAGAAUUCAGCUAUGACAGAAUGCCAACUUUGGAGCGGGGAAAGCAAGAGAAUGGAAAUUAUAUACCAGAUAUCAAAUCCAGUGACCUUCAGCUAUCAAAGAGGCUGCAUCCUUGCUUUAUUUACAGAACGUGGAUCUUUUCUUUGCUGAUGGGUAUGUACUCUUUGAAGGAAUGUCUACUUGGAACAGAAAGAAAAAUUACUUGCCUCCUUAUUACCUCUGGGUUUUCACUCUAUCUGGGAAAUAUUUUCCCAUCUGAAAUGGAUUAUUUACGUUGUGCAGCAGGUUCAUGUAUUCCUUCAGCAGUUGUGAGCUUUGCUAUAGCAAGGAAUAAAAUUAAUGUGAUACCCAAUUUUCAGAUUCUGUUUGUCUCUACAUUUGCUGUUACAACAACAUGUUUAAUUUGGUUUGGAUGCAAACUUGUCCUGAAUCCAUCAGCUAUAAAUAUAAAUUUCAACUUGAUUCUACUUAUUCUGCUGGAAAUCUUCAUGGCAACUACUGUGAUCAUUUCAGCUAGAUCUACUGAAGACUGCUGUAUGAGAAAGAAAAAUACCACGUAUGAUAGUACCAUUGUUUUGAGUAAUGUCAGCUUUCCUACUCGAAUUCUGAAGUCAUACUCAGUAAUUGAAGUGAUCAUUGGAAUUUCAUCAGUAUUUGGUGGCAUAAUUGCUUUAAAUAUGGAUGUUCUAGUCUCAGGUCCAUAUCUUUCAGUAACGUUCUUUUGGAUCUUGGUUGCUUGCUUUCCUAGUGCUAUUGCAAGUCAUGUGGCUGCUGAAUAUCCAAGUAAAUGUCUGGUUGAGGUCCUGAUUGCCAUUAGUAGUGUCACAUCCCCAUUGUUGUUCACAGCUUCUGGAUAUUUAUCCUUCAGUAUCAUGCAAGUUGUUGACAUCUUUAAAAAUUAUCCACCUGCUGUUAAACAGUCUUAUGAUGUACUACUGUUGCUUCUGAUGUUGAUGCUGCUAAUUCAGGCAUGCCUUACUAUUGGAACUGUAAUACAGUGUGUAAAUUACAAGACAAAAAUGAAACUGCAGGAUUCGUCCUGGACAGAGUCACAGGUUAAAAAACAGGAGUACAGAACAACAGAGGUUUCCAAUAAUACCUUAAAGGAUUUUGACAAAGACAAAGCCUGGAAAGCAGUUGUGGUGCAGAUGGCUCAGUAGUUUGGAUUCUGCAAAUACAGCCGCAAUCCAAUCCAAUAAAUCUACUGUUUGAAUUAAGGCUUAAAUCUUUUCAGUUUAUAAACAGCAACAUAGUUACAGUGGUAGGAGCCAAUAAAUAACACAAUCAAUAUUGCUUUUCUAAUCAUUUUGGGAUACGUCGAUAACAUUCUUAACAAAUCUGUCUUUUCUGUUGGCAUCUGCCUCUUAGUCUUCCUUUUAAAGACAUCACUGGGGAAAAAAGCAAUGACUCACAUGCUGAUAGCAAAAUAAAAUAUGACCGUAGGCUUCAUGUGUUUGCAAGAGAUUGUAAUAACUGCAGUUAUGCAGUCAGGGUAACUGAUAAAUGCUUUUGUAAAGUUAUGUAUACGAAUUAUAAUUGUUAUUUCUGCUUAUACUUCACUUUUGUAGGAGUUGUAAAGUUCUUUUUCGUUUCAUUGCUUUUAUAUAAAUAAAAGUCUUUGUUAUCUCAA